AUGGACUACAUGCUGAAGUACCCUGUUGAACAUGAUUUUGAAACCGAACAAGUCUCUGGACCGUCUACUGAUCUAGCUUCUGGACCCUCUACUUCACAUGAUUCUGCUCUGGAGUCACAAGGCCGCCAACCACAAAUAUGUGCCAUGAUUGAUGAUACUCGCCAGUUCAUUACUUCUUCCUUAGAGAAAGAUGUCAGACUUCUUCCAAAACAUACGGAUAUUCCUGGCAUCAAUAUAGCUGCUGGGUUGAAUUUAUUUGAAGGUGACAUUAAGCAAGAUUCAAGAACAAGAAAUGCAAUUAUUAGUCCGCAGUAUAGAUGGCCACUGAUAGUCCCAUACUACUUAGAAAACAGUCUUGAAAUAAAUGCGAAAGGCGUUAUACUGAAAGCUUUUGAGCGCUACCGACUGAAGACUUGCAUUGACUUUAAACCCUGGAAUGGUGAAAACAAUUAUGUAUCUGUGUUCAGAGAUAAUGGAUGUUACUCAUAUGUUGGAAUGCAGAAUGGAAAACAGCAACUUUCUAUUGGCCCUGGUUGUGACACAGUAGAAAUAGUUCAACAUGAAGUCCUGCACGCACUAGGAUUUUAUCAUGAGCAAUCGCGAUCUGACCGGGAUGACUAUGUGACCAUCUUGUGGAAAAAUAUUCAGUUUGGUAUGGAUCAUAAUUUUUUUUCGUAUAGUGAUACAGAGACCACGUUUCUAGGCGUUCCCUAUGACUACACAUCUGUCAUGCAUUACUCCAGUACAGCGUUCUCUGCCACUGGCAAUCCAACACUUCAAACAAAGAAAGCUGCGUUCAAUAAUCUUGUCGGGAAGCAAAUGGAUUUAAGUGCCAAAGAUGCCUUAAAGUUAAAUCGACUGUACAACUGUUCUUCUUCCUUAACAUUCCUGGAUUCCUGUAGCUUUGAAUCAGACGACAUAUGUGGCAUGAUUCAGAGCACAAAUGACAAUACUGACUGGGAGUAUGUUUCCAGUGUACCAGAAGGACCAAACACAGACCAUACACAUAUGGGAAAAGGCACAGGAUAUUUUAUGCACUUCAACACAAGCAUAGGCAAGACUGGGGAUGAAGCUAUACUGGAAAGUAGACUCUUCUACGCAGCGAGAGGAUUUCAGUGCCUGGAAUUCUUUUACUAUCAUAGCGGUAACGAGAGUGACCAACUGAACAUCUGGAUCAAGGAAUACACCAAUGAUUCCCCCAACGGCAAUAUGACAUUUGUCAACUCUGUAACUGGUCCACCCGCUGAUUACUGGCAGAUUCACCAUUCUAAACUAAGUGCAAAAAACAAAUUUAGAUUUGUAUUUCAAGGAAUAAAAGGAGGCGGCGACUCCGCUGGAGGAUUUUCAAUUGAUGACAUCAAUUUGUCAGAAACAGAAUGCCCUCAGAAUGUCUGGCACAUCAGAAACUUUACACCUGACUUGCUAAAAAGUUCUCUUUUUAGUCCCCCAUACUACUCCAAAGAUGGAUAUGCAUACCAGAUAUCCUUAACAGAAUAUCCUUGGUCAGGUUUGCCAUUCAACAUUGCAACAUUUGUAUAUUUGGUAUCAGGAGCGAAUGAUGCUACUCUUCAAUGGCCAUGUCCCUGGAGACAAGUCACAGUGGAGUUCAUCGAUCAAAACCCAAAUGCUCAAGAACGGACAUCAAAUAUGAAGAGUAUUACUACUGAUCCUAAUGAAUUCUGCAGCAAUCGUUAUUAUGUGUGGGAUAAUCCUGCGGUGAAUGGCCAGAAAUAUACAUAUCCCAAUGGGACUGCUUACAAUAGAACUGGUGGCAAUGGAGAAUAUCUCUUUACGGCUGAAGAAUGGCUUUAUAGAAGGGACUUCCUGAAAGGAGGAGAUGCUUUCAUUUCGAUAUCCAUGGAAGAUAUCUCUCAUCUCACGAUGUCUCAACCUUUGCCAGUGACCACGUCAUCUACAACAUUGAAAUCAACAUCCACCUCAUCCUCAACAUUGAAUUCAACAUCCACCUCACCCUCAACAUUGAAUUCAACAUCCACCUCACCCUCAACAUUGAAUUCAACAUCCACCUCACCCUCAACAUUGAAAUCAACAUCCAACUCAUCCUCAACAUUCAUUUCAGCAUCCACCUCACCCUCAACAUUGAAAUCAACAUCCAACUCAUCCUCAACAUUCAUUUCAGCAUCCACCUCACCCUCAACAUUGAAAUCAACAUCCAACUCAUCCUCAACAUUCAUUUCAGCAUCCACCUUAUCCUCAACAUUGAAAUCAACAUCCAACUCAUCCUCAACAUUGAAUUCAGCAUCCACCUUAUCCACAACAUUGAAUUCAGCAUCCACCUCAUCCUCAACAUUGAAUUCAGCAUCCAACUCAUCCACAACAUUGAAUUCAGCAUCCAACUCAUCCACAACAUUGAAUUCAGCAUCCAACUCAUCCACAACAUUGAAUUCAGCAUCCACCUCGGUCUUUAUUCAGUCUGAAAAAUCAAUAAUAGCCUUAAUACUGGCAUCAUUCUUUGCAAUAUUUACUUCAAUGGUGGUAUCUGCAUUAUAG